AUGUGUCGAUUCCGAGAGGGCGGUGAUCGCGAGCUCAAACAGCGGCAACCAAAAUGGGGGCCUCCUCUAUUCGAGACUGAAAUGGAGCAGGGUUCUUCAAACGAGGAACAAUACCCUCACAACGUCGAAGUUGGCUGUUCGGUAUGCGCGGCGCAGAAGCAAGAGUUAGAGGUUCCUUUCGUGAGGCAAACUGCAGUUCGGCCCGACGGAACAAGUUAUUUCACAAACGCCAUCCAUGGCGAGUGGGUGAAGAUCGCGUCGCUGACAACUGGUCAGAGCGUGACGGUGAGCUACGGGUACAAGGCGUCAGGCGGCACCUCGAGUUCCGAGGCGGAGACAAGGAAGUCGGCGCAGUCGAGAGCCAACGACCUCAAAGCAUGUUUCUCAACCUCGCUGUCGGCGUCUGUGGGGUUUGGUGCUCAAGCUGAAGUUGGUGGCACUGGCGUGGAGUUGGGGGUUGGCUUCUCAUCUACUCUCGGUCUCAAAGCAUGUGGCGGCGAGAAGACGACGCAGGAAACCAGCGUCGCCGUGGGUGUGACGCAAUUGACAUCGUGGGGCCAGUCAGUCACCGAGACUCAGUCGUUCUCGCUGUCGGUCCCCAGCCAGCUCCCUCCUGGGGUGCCCGAGGCCGACACCAUGCAGACGCUGGGAGUCGAUGUCUGGCAGUGGGAGUGGACAAUCGUCGAAGGCGCGCACGACAACGUGCCGACGAAGUGGUACAAGUCAAAGGCGGACAGCCGCUUCGUCUUCUCGCCUGUGCCCACGGGUGCCACGGAGCGGCGGCCGUGCUGCAUGCCCGGCCAGGAGUACGGCGUCCUCUGGUAUCCGUACAACUGCAAGACCCGUGAAGGCCUGCUUCCAGGCGCUGAGGAUGCUGCCCACUGUCAGGUCGGCAAGCCGGGAAGUUCUGCGGCCGCGGGGUGGUCCGCGCAGGCGGUCGUCGAGUGGUUGGGCACCCUCGGCACCUCGCAGUCGCAGGAGUACUGGCAGAACGUGGUCUUCGACAGGAAGCUGGACGGGCGCGCGGCCGAUUCCCUGCUGCGCUUCGUCGACGAGUCCCCCGCCUCCUACAGCGCCGUGAGGACCGUUUUCGGCCAGAUACCAACUGGUGACGCGCUCCUGAUACUGAGGGGCCUCAUCGAGCUGAGCACGAACGGAGAAGGCGGCCGCUUCGUGCCGCGGGCGCUCCUCGCCUCCGCUGCGGCGCGGCUCGGCCAGUGGGCCCUCUCGGAGCGCGGGUGGGCGACGCUGGAAGGCACCUUCGGGGGCGCCGCCGAGUGCGCCGUGGCGCUGCAGCUGCUGGGGUCGCUGCGCUGGGGCGCGGCGAUCCAGCGGCGCCGCGGCGAGAGCCUGCAGGCUCGAGUGGCGCUGAGCCCGUGCACAGCCGCCGAGCACACGGCAGUGGCGGGUCAGAAGCCGAGCGUGAACGCCGAGGCGGACGAGCGCCUUUGGUGCAUGGUGGCUCCAGACGGCGGCGUAUACCCUCACGAGCUGACGGUCCAGGCUCUACGCAUCGUAGUGCCCAACGACAUGACCGAUCACCGACAGCUGCCGAACCGCGGGGGGGCCAAUCCAGCGGGGCUCGGAGCUUACGGGCAGGACUGGGGCAUGACGCCCGCCGAGUUCUGCCUCCAGAUGCGGAUCGCUAUGGGGCGCUCGCUCGAAGACGUGAUCGCUCGUGGGCUGACAGCUCUGCCGCCAGCAGCGGGGCCCGAGGAGGAAGUUCAAGCCCUGGCCCCAGCUUCCCCGCGUAUCGGCUCGGGUUCGGGCUUGUUGAAGAUUCCGAGUGAGUGGGCCGUGGGCCGAGACAAGCUACCAUAUGCGAGUCCUUCGGGGUGGCGCUGCGUAGCCUCGAGCGACGGCGACGGCAAUCGGGUCCUCGGCGACGUGGACUUCGAGACGUUCGUGAUCACCUCUGGGUUCGGGAUCGGCCGUCGCCGCAGCGGUCCUCGCAUGGCGAAGUGGGUCUGCGAGUUCGUCCGAGAGAACGAGGUCACAUUCCGAUCGAGGCACGCGAAGUUCAAGGCGGAGACUGGCUUGUCGAGUAGCGACCAGGAUGUCUCAAUCCACGCCCUGUGCUGUCGGAUUAUGCACCUGCUUUUGACGUUCGAUCAGCUGAGCGCCAGCGAGCUCGCAUGCGCGGAGCUGGUGUGCCGUCGUCUUCAGAUGGCGGAAUAUUGGCGCCGCGACAGGAUCCACUCGACCUCGCGCGGCGAUGAGCUGCUCGAGGAUGCCCGCCUGUACCCGGGCACGGGCGAGGCGCGCGGGCUCAUCUGUAUCGCGCCGUCGCUCCUCACCUUCGUCGCCGACGAGCUCCACAAGGAGAGCAUGGUGCUGAAGGGGCGGCGCAAGCUAAAGGAGGAGCGGAUGGCUUCUCGCGGGGAUGCGAACUCGGGCAGUGGGGGAGGUGAUCAUCAGGGCCGCCUCGCAGGCAUGCAGAGCACAGCGGAUCGUCAGAAGUCGGAGAUUGACAAGUUGAAGAAGCAGCUGGCUGGAGCUCCGAAGGGCGACGCGCGGAGUCGGGGCCGCCGGGGGCUCGCCGUCGACCUCUGGACCUGCGAAGUCAUUGCUGCCCUCAACUUCCUGAACGGGCGCGUGGGCGGUGGUGGCUACGGCAAGUUGUCGGCGGCGCAGCUCGCUGAUGUCGACUCGCUGCGCGACCGCGUCUCGGCGUUCGGCGCGCCCGACAUCGGCCCCGCGGCGGCCUGCAGGGGUUCCGCGCGCCAGUGUGCUGAUUUUUUGCGUGACCUGUUCGAGGCUGGUAUGAUCAACUUCACCUCGGAGCGGAAGCACGCGCUCGCGCCGUUGUUCGUGGCUAAGCGCGACGGGGGCGGCGAGCGGCGGAUGGCCCUGGACGCGCGCAGGGUGAACCGCAUGUUCUACGACCCCGACGUCGCCGAGUUGCCGACGGCAGGAAGCUGGCAGAGUCUCCGUCUCGAGGCUGACAGCAGCCUGUACCUCGGCCAGUGUGACAUCGAGGCAGCGUUCUAUCGGUUCCUCGCUCCUGCCGGGCUCAGUGAGUUAAUGAUUCUGCCGAGUAUCGACAGAGUUGCCCUCGCCAGUGUUCUUCCUGCUGGCGCUCUGGACGAUACAGUAUCUCGCAACUGUUCACCAUGUCUGAAAGUCUUACCGAUGGGGUGGAACUGGAGUCUGUUCUUCUGCCAGCACACCGUCGAAGGUAUGCUGGGGGCCGUUGGGUUCGGCGACGCCAAGCUCGUGCGCGACAGGAAGGUGAUCCCCGAUUUGGCGACGGGUCCUGUGUCCGCUGCUUACGUCGACGGGGUGGCGGUCAUCGGCACCCAGUACGACGAGGUCGUUGACCAGCUGAGCGGCAUCUACGGGGCCUUCAACGACGGCGGCUUGAAGUGGAAGGAAAUGGAGCUGCCGAGCCAGGAGCAGAAGUUCACGGGCUUGAUCUUCGACCGCGACCUGGGGCGCAUAUCUCUGGGACCCGCGUGGAUGUGGAAGAUCCGCCAGGCGCUUCUUUGCCGGGCGUCGCAGCCUUGCGCUUCGGGCUCCGACCUCUCUAGCCUCGUCGGCCACUUCAACUGGGCUUCUCCAUUGCGCCGGCCGCUCCCUUGCAUCUUCCAAAGCGCGUAUCGCUUCAUCCAGAAGGUUCGAGUGGCAGCAGCGCUGGUGGCCUUCGCCUACUACGACGCCAAGAGGCCCGCCGACGCGAUGGUCUACUGCACCGGCGCUUGCACGGGCGACCUCGACCCGAGGGGCAGCCUGUUCGGCGGCUACGGGGUCACCAAGCGCGAGGUUGAGAUCUCUACCGUGAUCGAGACCGCGCGAGUGCGAGAGCGCUGGAGGUAUCAGGUCGAGGGGGCCAUCAAUGCUCGGGACUUCGCCUUCGCCAAUCGCGACGCCCCCGCCGAGCAGCAGGCGUCGUUCGCCACCGUCAGCUCGGAGCUCGUCUUCCCGAUGGGGUCCCGGAGGAACGUGACCUUCGGCCGCCGGAGCCGCGAUGAGAACAUCCUGAGGCUGGAAGCUCGAGCGAAGGCAGCAGGGCGCUUGGAGCUGGCGCGCCAGAAGGCCAAUCGGGCGAAGCUGAGGGCUGCGAAGUUCGGCGGCAUCAAUUGCAACCCUCGGUGUGGGCUGACCUUCUUGCAGAGGCGCAAGGUGCGCGCCGCCGCGAUCAGCGGCUUCGACAAGCACGUGGCCAGCUUCCUCGAGUGGGCCGAGGCGCCUUCGCUGGAGGCCAUCACGGCGGACCGCCUGGACGUCCUCCUGGCGGGCUACUUGGACAAGCUAUUGUGGGGCGGCGAGCUGGCGGGGGCGGGGUCGCGGCUGCUGGCGUCCGUGCAGUGCAGGCUGCCGCGCGUCCCGAGGCCGAAGCACGGAGGCCUGCCCCUGGCGCGGGCCGCGCUAUCAGGCUUUCGAGUGCACUCCAGGAGUGCGCCGAUGAUGCCCGUCGGCAAGCCCAUCGUGUGGGCCAUGAUCGGGACCGCCGCGUUGGAGGGCGACUUCGAGUGGGCAGGAGCUCUGGCGCUAGCCUGGGUCGGCAUGAUUCGCUUACCGAGCGACCUCGUCGACGUGACGACCGAGACGCUGGUGGGGCCAGGCCGCGGCGCGGUGCCGCGUUGGGCGCGGUUGCUGUACCCGAUCGAAGGUUCGACGCGCAGCAGGACGCUCUUGCAGGACGAGGGCGCGCUGCUGCGGGGCACGGCUUGGCGUGGCGGCGGCGGCAGCUUCCUGCGGCAGCUCCGUCGCGUGGCUGUCUGUUCCGAGUUGGUGGAGGCCGACAUCUCGUCGAUCCGCGGGGACCAGAGGCGGCCGCCGCUGCCGAGCUUCCUGGAGGGGAAGCAGCUGCGGUCGAUUCAGCCUUGCGCGGCCUCGCCCGCGCCUGUCGUGCGGCGCCUGGGCAGACGUUGCUCGAGGCGCGGCUGGCAGGUCCCGCGUGCCAGCCUCUACCGUGCGCCCUGGCGCGAUACCGAGUGGGGGCAGCUGCGGAACCGCAGGGCGGAUCGCUUCGAGACCUGGCUCGAAGUCGCCAACCAGCUCAAGGGCAACUGCGACGACCAGGGCAAGGGUGGCCGGCGACAGGGCGGUGAUGGGGGCGUCGGAGAGGCCUUCGUCUUCGAGCUCACCGAAGACGCCCCAGACAGGUGGGCGUGGGUCACGGGAAAGACGCGGGUCUUCGAGGGCGGCGCCGCGCGUGCAGCGCGCUUCCCCGAACGAGCGCUCAACUGCAGGGCUGGCAGAGAGGCGGAGCACCUCCGGCAGAGCCGCGCCGCGCUGCUGGAGAGGAGCGGCCCGGCGCGGCCCGCCGCGCAGUGCCCACCAAGAGCAGUUCGGCGUGACGGCGGCGAGCCGCGCAGCGGACUCCGCGGGGCGGGCAGACGGGCGCAACCUCGCCGCGGAGCUGGCCGGACAGCAGGCGCCAGAGCCGCAGGCGACGGAGGCGGACCACAAG